ACGAGCUAUGUACAUAUUAUUAUAAUUUCCGACAACCAAGGAUUUCAAGCGCUUAUUUUGUGAUUUGCCGCGGCUGCGUCGCUGCGACCGACAUUGACACGUGACGACUUGCCUGCUUCCUGUUUCGAACCCCAGAUAACGACGUUCCUUUUACACCAGGAAACUAUCAUCCUAUCUCAUACGUUUACACGGAAUGUCUGACGACUAUCCGAGUCUGCUUCGAUCGGAGCAGAUGAGCUUGGUACAGCUCUUCGUGCCAACUGAAGUUGCCCAUGAUGCAGUAGCAGAGCUUGGCGAACUGGGAAAUGUCCAAUUCAAAGAUCUGAACCCUAAUGUCAACCCUUUCCAACGCUCUUUCGUAGGCGAGAUCCGGCGUGUCGACGAAAUGGGCCGUCGAGUGCGUUUCUUUUCGACCCAGAUUGAGCAGGAGAAAGACGUCGUUCCCAUUCGUCCUCUCUAUGACUCCGCACCGUUGAUUGCAGUUGGUCCUCGCGCACCACAAGCUAUGGACGAGUUAGACGUUACCCUGGCUGCUCACGAGCAACGUCUUACUCAGAUGAAUGAGAGUUAUCAGAAACUGAGCGAAAGGACAAAAGAGUUGAUUGAAGCUCGCCAUGUUCUGCGCGAGACUGCUGUAUUCUUCGACAAGGCGCAAGAUCACCAGACCGACAUAAGGACCUCGUUCGAUGACUCUUCCGCCCCGCUGCUUCAGCAUGACGACCGCGAAAACCAGUAUUCAGUUGGUACUGGUGUACAAUUCGACUUGGAAUUCGUCGCUGGCACCAUUGAACGAGUUCGAGUUCCAACUUUUGAGCGAGUUCUCUGGCGUGUCUUGCGUGGAAAUUUAUAUAUGAAUCAUACAGACAUUGUCGAACCUUUCGUUGACCCAGUGACUGGCGACGAAACUCGCAAGAACGUUUUCAUCAUCUUUGCGCACGGUGACGCUCUCCUAGCUAAGAUCCGUAAGGUCGCUGAAUCGAUGGGUGCUACAUUGUAUCCUAUCGAUGCCAACGCAGACAAACGCUCCGAGUCUUUACGCGAAGUUGAGGGACGACUGGAAGAUUUACAGAAUGUCCUGUACAAUACAGGUUCUAGCCGUAGGACUGAGUUGACAAAAAUAGGAGAAAGCUUAAGGAGCUGGCAGGAUGUCGUCAGGAAGGAGAAGCUAAUAUAUGAGACGCUUAAUCUCUUCAACUUCGAUGUGAGGAGAAAGACCCUCAUUGCGGAAGGAUGGGUGCCUACUAGGGAUAUCACGACGAUACAACUCGCCCUUCGUCAUGCUACAGAAGAGUCGGGCACCAGCGUGCCUCCCAUUUUACAUGAGCUUCGUACUCAAAAAACCCCACCCACCUUCAACCGUACAAAUAAGUUUACUGAGGGGUUUCAGACGAUCAUGGACAGCUAUGGUGUCGCGUCGUACCAAGAAGUCAAUCCUGGUCUUUUUGCAGUCAUCACAUUCCCGUUCUUGUUCGCGGUCAUGUUCGGUGAUAUUGGCCACGGUUUCAUCAUUUUCGUCGCCGCACUUUACAUGAUCCUUGCUGAGCGCAAGUUGGCUCGCGUAGAUCUUGGGGAGAUUAUGGGUCAAUUCUUCUACGGUCGCUACAUCAUCCUUCUCAUGGGUUUAUUCUCCAUGUAUACUGGUUUGAUGUACAACGAUAUCUUCUCAAAGUCUCUCCAUAUAUGGCACUCUGCUUGGGAUUUUCCUAGCAAUACUACCGACACCAAGAUUGUUGGAAUUGACAACGGUCACAGAUAUUCGUUUGGCCUCGAUCCAGGCUGGCAUGGCGCUGAUAACAACCUCGUUUUUGUAAACUCGUACAAGAUGAAGAUGUCUGUGGUCCUUGGUGUCAUUCACAUGACUUUUGCUUUGUGCUUGCAAUUCCCGAACCACCUCAAAUUCAAGCGCCCGAUUGACAUUUAUGCCAACUUCAUUCCCCAAAUGAUCUUCCUCCAAUCAAUCUUUGGUUACCUCGUCAUUUGCAUCCUAUACAAAUGGUCGGUCGAUUGGUCGAAGGCUACAACUCAACCACCGUCUCUACUCAACAUGCUCAUCUCGAUGUUCUUGUCGCCCGGCAAAGUUGACCCUUCGGAACAAUUAUACGCUGGACAACCUUUCGUGCAAGUCGUAUUAUUACUUUUAGCAGCGAUUUGUGUCCCGUGGUUGUUGGUCACCAAGCCGUAUCUCGCCUGGAAGGAUAUGCAUAAAAUCAAGGAGCAGGGGUAUGUUAGCAUAUCUGGUGAAGGCGACGGCAACGGCAUUCAUAGGAAUAGUUCAGACGAGGUGUUGGAAGGUGAAGAGGAGGGUAACGGAAGAGCUAUCGCAGAGGAUGGAGAUGACGGAGAACAUGAACAGCAUGACUUUGGUGAAGUAGUUAUCCAUCAAGUCAUCCACACCAUAGAGUUUUGCCUCGGAUGUAUAUCCCACACAGCUUCGUACCUUCGUCUGUGGGCCCUAUCGCUUGCACACGCGCAGCUUUCAGAGGUGUUGUGGUCCAUGACGCUUGAGGCAUGGCUUGAACCUACCGGCGUGUUUGAGUGGAUCGUAUUGAUUGUGAUGGGAGUGUUCUGGUUUGUGCUGACAGUUUUCAUUUUGUGUCUCAUGGAGGGCCUAUCGGCGUUCCUCCACGCCCUGCGUUUACACUGGGUCGAAGCAAACAGCAAGCAUUUCGAGGGUGGUGGAUAUGCUUUCACUCCUCUAACCUUUGCAAAUCCGGAUUCCAAAGAAUAGAUUUGUGUGAAUCUACGUUUCUUAUCGUUCUGGUUAUCGAAGUGCGGGCAAGUCUCAGUGAGUCAGUAACAUGCCAAUUCUGAAAACCUUGGGUGUAACUUCAUGUCGCCACGUACAUACUAUAUGUAUGGACGACGCUAAUUUAACCGUUUCUUACCUCAAACAUCGUUGCGCAUACUCCCAGGCUGUUCCUCUGCCAUCUGUUUGACAAUAUCGGGUUGGUA